AUGGAGGAAGUUGUUGACAAGUGCGCUUCUAUGCUCCUCUCGAGCAGCCCUGAGGCGAUGACUGCCUCUGCAGACUUUUUUAAAGGCCUGUCCGGGGAUCCCAGUGGAAGGUGUUCCGAAGGACUCUGCUUCUCCAGUGUUCUUCAGGAGCUUUUGGCCUACGAGCGUGGCGCGAUCUUUGACCACCUUCUGAGGCAAAUGCUCGCAGAUCCCGGAAAUUGUGGUGAGAUGAGAAUUCAGAAGCUCUACUCAUGUAAGAUUCUUGCAACCUUCAGUGAGAGCGAGGCGGUCGCAAAGUACUGCGCAAAAGACAAGCAAAGAGCCCGAUCUCUUUUGAAGGCGCUGUUGGAAGCGCAAGCCUACCUCCUGCACAUCAUCCGAGGGCAGUUGCGGGAAGGGAAGCCUAACCAAGAAUUUGAGGAGAUGGUGAAAAGGGACAAAGGCAAGGGGAGGCAUGAGUUUUUGGAAUUAGCGCUGGAAAACAUCAAAGCCUUCGCAAGCUUUAUCAGCGCUUCAAAGCAUUUCCGCCUAGCGCUGCAGCAGUCGGACUGCUUCUUCCGGGACCUCGAGAGCCUCGUCGCUCGCAACAUCACAAAGCGCGCGAGCGCGCAGCUCCAGCAGAAGGCAGUGAAGAACCUCUGUCGGCUGCUGCACAGUCUGUGCCGCUUUGGGGAUACCAAGGACUGGGCCAUCAACAGCGGUCUGGUGCGAAUCCACGCAGCAGUAACUAGGUUGAUGGCGCUAGACGGAACUAAAGUGAGCGAGGCGCCGAUCGUGUGCUCCUGGGAGAAGUGCGAUGAGGGUUCGGAGCUGGACGCAGGCAGACAGUUCAGCAAGUGCGCCAACUGCUCGCUCGCAUACUAUUGCAGCAAGGAACACCAGAAACUUCACUGGAGUGUCCACAAGAAGCAGUGCAAGGUCAAGACGUCUGAUCCGGCACCCCAAUCUGGAUAA